CUGCUCUAAGCUGCAGAAAGGGAAACAGUGUGUGAGGGGAAGAGGCCAAUUUCACUACCCCCGUGUCUCUAGUUCUCGCUUUCUCUCUUUCUCUAAGGGUGUGCAUAGGGAAGAAGAGAAGGAACUCUAUAAUUAGCUCCCUUUUUUGCAGAAGGGGAAAAAGCAUACAUUUAUUAAUGCCAUUCUGUUAUACGAGUGCUUUUUUUUGGCUUAAUACCUCGCAAGCAAAUAAUUGCACAAACUCCUUAGUACUGAUUCCGCCCACAGAAGCGAGUCCUGGAGUCAGACUCUUUUUUUGCUUUGCAUGGUCGGAAAGAGACCAAGUAAUAUAGACUAUGUUGCUUUCUUGAGCGCGGAGAGCACUUGUGAACUGGAAUCAACUGCUGCAGGGUGAAAAAAAAAACAAAAAAAAAAACACUGCCUGGGAGGAGGAGAAAAAAAAAAAACUUGCUUUGGACGAUUCAACAACCAGCAUUAAAGAAACUACUUUAAGGCGGUCUCCAGAUUUUUCAGAAAGCGAGGGAGACAGCCAACGGCACCACGGUGAGAGAAGAGCUUGCUUGGAACUACAACUCCUCAGCAAGGGGCUGAGUAUUUUUUGGGGGGAGGGGUGGAGGGAGGACAUCUCUUCGGGACUUUUGUUAUCCUCUCGCCCCACCACCACCUCUCCCGUGAGGUUGAGGUUUCCCCUCAUCUCACUCGUCCCAUUUUUUCCUCCUUUUUGGUGUGUGUGUAGGUGGGUGUGGUGUAUUUCGCUUUGAGUACUUUGGAGGGUGGGGGGGGACCCUGGCGAGCGAUCCUGCAGCUGCCGCCGUCAGUGUGUGAGCCUAAGCCGGGGAGAUGGUGCAGCAGACGAAUAACGCGGAGAACACGGAAGCACUCCUGGCCGGCGAGACCUCCGACUCCGGGGCCAGCAUCGAGCUGGGCAUCGCCUCUUCCCCGACGCCAGGUUCCACCGCCUCCACCGGCGGCAAGGCGGAUGACCCAAGCUGGUGCAAGACCCCCAGCGGGCACAUCAAACGGCCCAUGAACGCUUUCAUGGUGUGGUCGCAGAUCGAGAGGCGAAAGAUCAUGGAGCAGUCCCCAGACAUGCACAACGCCGAGAUCUCCAAGCGGCUGGGGAAGCGAUGGAAGUUACUCAAGGACAGCGACAAGAUCCCUUUCAUUCGGGAGGCGGAGCGGCUGCGCCUCAAGCACAUGGCAGACUACCCAGACUACAAGUACCGGCCCAGGAAGAAGGUGAAAUCGGGUAACGCCAGCUCCAGCUCCUCCUCCACCUCUUCCUCGUCCUCCUCCAAACCCGGGGAGAAAGGAGACAAGGUCGGCGGCGGCGGCGGCGGCGGCAGCGGCGGCGGCAGCGGCAGUAGCAGCAGCAGCAGCAGCAGCUCGGGAGGCGGGGGAGGCGGCGGCGUCGGCGGCGGCAGCAGCGGCGGCGGCAGCGCCGGCUCCAAACCCGCGCUGAAAAAGAGCUGCGGCUCCAAGCUGUCCGGAGGCAGCGCGGGUGGCGGGGCCGGCAAACCUCACGCCAAGCUGAUCCUCGGCACCGGCGGCGGGAGCAGCAAACCCUCUGCCUCCUCCUCGUCCUCCUUCUCCCCCGAGCAGGCGGCUGCGGCCGCAGCCCUGCUCCCCCUGGGCGCCCCCGCCGACCACCACUCGCUCUACAAGUCUCGGACUACCAGCACCUCUUCCACUUCUUCCUCGGCUUCCUCCUCCUCCUCCUCCUCGUCUUCGGCCUCCUCCUCGUCUUCGGCCUCCUCCCUCUCGGCCUCCAGCAAACACCUGGCGGAGAAGAAGCUGAAGCGCGUGUACAUGUUCGGCCUCACCUCCUCGUCCCCCGUGAGCGGGGCCGUGCCCGCCAGCCCCAGCCUGAGCGGGGGCCAGGAGAACAGCGACACGGGCAGCCUGUACGAGGAGAGCGGAGCGGGCUGCCCGCCCGACGGGCACAGCCUCCGCGGCAGUGCCGCCUCGUCCCCCGCCGACAGCGGCUCCCCGGCUGAUCACCGCAGCUACACCAGCUUGCGGGCCACGUCGCCCACUCCCUCCACCGCGCACUCCCACUCCUCCUCCUCAUCCUCUUCCUCCCACUCCUCCUCUUCGUCCUCCUCGGGCUCCUCUUCCUCGGAUGAGGAGUUUGAGGACGACCUGCUCGACCUGAACCCCAGCCCAAGUUUUGAGAGCAUGUCUCUGGGCAGCUUCAGCUCCACCUCCGUGCUGGACCGGGACCUGGAUUUUAACUUCGAGCCCGGCUCGGGCUCACAUUUUGAAUUCCCGGACUACUGCACGCCGGAGGUAAGUGAGAUGAUCUCGGGGGAUUGGCUAGAGUCCAGCAUCUCCAACCUGGUCUUCACUUACUGAAGAGAGCGAGAGAGAGAGAGAGAGAAGAGGGACGGGAGGAAAAAAUAUUUUUUUUUUUAAAGGAGAGAGAGGAGAGGAAGAAAAAAAAAAAAAGAAGACGCGAAGGAAAAAUGGAUAAAAGAAAGGGAGGACAAAAGGAAAAAGAAGUGAGAAGGGGAAAGAUUUCGCACACCCACGCCCACUUAACAAGUUACAGUAUCCAGAGGAGUGAGUGAUUUCUCUGCCAGCCCGGUGCGUUUUUUUUUCCUUGGGCGGUGUUCCCCACCCCCACAUAGACAUCGCACCCCUGCUCAACCCUCGGUGUUCGUAAAACUGACUUGUUUGAAAGGAUUGAAAAGGGGGACUUGGAAGGAGCCGGAGGGGAAAGAAAGGAUCGUUCUUUUGUUAAAAAUACGUUUCCACCCCCGGCUUGAAGAGACACCCCCACUGCUACCCCACCCCCCAACCAACAACAACAGACACGCAACCAACCCACUCUAACAAACGGACACUUCCGGAGGUCUCACCCCCAGGAAAAAAAAAACCAGGUUGUUGCUUUUCCAUAGACUGCUUGGAGUCGUUCUCCAUUCUUUCCCCCUCCCCCCUUUUUGGUGUAGGGUUUUUUGUUUUUGUUUUUUAAGUGGAGAGGAGAUACAAUCCUACACCCCGGGGUGGAGGGAUGGCAUUUUCGGCUCACUUCAUCUGGAGAAGGAAGAAGUGCUACAAUGUGUUGUAUUUUUUGCCUAGUUACAUUUUUCUUUUUUCUUUCCUUAAAAGAUCCGGACUGGUAGGAAAUGAUUUGCGCGCCCGCGCAAGCUAACCAGAACUGAAGCCUUCCUUUGCUACAAAUUACAGUUUGGUGUUUUUUUCUUCUUUUUUCUUUUUCUUUUUCUUCUUCUUUUUUUUUUUUUCCCUUUCCUUUUUCCUGCAGCAGGAGGAGGAGAUGGAGGGCGGGGGCGGGAGAGGAGGAGAGAUUGAAUUGUGCUAGGAAAUGGACUGAACCUAGUUGGAAGGAAAACGUGAGGGGAGGGGGGUUGGGGGGAGAGAAAGGAGAUGAACUGGAAAUGGAGAAAAUAAUAAUAAAACAAACGGAUUUGCACGUAUAGAGGAGAGGGUAGCAGCGCUUUUUCUCGGCCACCUUCUUAUUAUAUAUAUAUAUGAAACCAGUAAGAUGGAACUUCAUAGACACUGAAAAGUUUUUGAAAGGAGACAUACAAAACGUGAAAGUUUCUGUAUUGAUGUGGUACAGGGGAAAUGGAGGGCGAUUGCUUUUAAAAAAAACAAACAUUUUUUUCUUCUCUUAAUCGGAAUCGUGAUGGUGUUGGAUUAUUUCACUGGUGGGGUUAAUAUAGCAUGUUAUCCUGUCUAUCUUUUAAAGAUUUCUGUAUAAGACUGUUGAGCAGUUUUUAAGAUAAAUAGUGUAGGAUAAUAUAAAAAAAGCAGAUAGAUGGCGCUAUGUUUGAUUCCUACAAACAAAAAAUUAUCACCAGCUUUUUUUCAUUCUUAACUCUUUAAAGGAUUCAAACGCAACUCAAAUCUGUGCUGGACUUUAAAAGAACAAUUCAGGACCAAAUUUUUUCUCAGUAUGUAUGUGUUUCUUCCUUAUAGGUGUAAGUGAGAAGACUGUGGUCUUUUUUUUCCCUCACCGAUGCUCCAUCCUCGUCUUUUUUUUUUCCUUGUAAAUGUAAUCAGAUGCCAUUUUAUAUGUGGAAGUAUUUAUACUGGCCAAACAUUUUUUACUUAUUUUGUUCCCCCCCCCUUUUUUUUUGGUAGUUCUUGUUACCCACACCAUUUUAUGUCUCCUUCACUGAAGGGCUAGAGUUUUAAGUUUUAAUUUUUUAUAUUUAAAUGUAGACUUUUGACACUUUUAAAAAAACAAAAAAAGACAAGAGAGAUGAAAACGUUUGAUUAUUUUCUCAGUGUAUUUUUGUAAAAAAUAUAUAAAGGGGGUGUUAAUCGGUGUAAAUCGCUGUUUGGAUUUCCUGAUUUUUAUAACAGGGAGGCUGGUUAAUAUCUCUCACACAUUAAAAAAAAAAAAUCAGCCCCUAAUUUCUCCAUGUUUACACUUCAAUCUGCAGGCUUCUUAAAGUGACAGUAUCCCUUAAUUUACCACCAGUUCCCACUCUCUAACCUCACUCUUAAAAAGGAGAGAAUAAGCUGAUACACUGUAUGCCAACAAGGAAAAAAAAAAUGAAUAUACUGUACAGAUGCUUUAAAACUGGUGUACUUUCAGCAAAAAAGGGAUCCUGUAGCUUUAACUUAUAAACCAUAUCUUUUUGCACUUUUUUUAUAAGCAAAAACGUGCCGUUUAAACCACUGGAUCUAUCUAAAUGCCGAUUUGAGUUCGCGACACUAUGUACUGCGUUUUUCAUUCUUGUAUUUGACUAUUUAAUCCUUUCUACUUGUCGCUAAAUAUAAUUGUUUUAGUCUCUUAUGGCAUGAUGAUAGCAUAUGUGUUCAGGUUUAUAGCUGUUGUGUUUAAAGAUUGAAAAAAAGUGAAAACAUCUUUGUACAUUUAAGUCUGUAUUAUAAUAAGCAAAAAAAAGAUUGUGUGUAUGUAUGUUUAAUAUAACAUGACAGGCACUAGGACGUCUGCCUUAUUAAGGUAGUUCCGUUAAGGGGUUUUUAUUUUGUUGUUUUCUUUUUUGUUUUUUUUUUUCUUUCUUUUUUGUUUUUUUUGAUCAUCCAUCCUGUGCAAUAUGCUGUGUAGAAUAUUUGUCUUAAAAAUCAACGCCACACCACAAUGUUUUGGGAAAAAAGAAAAAAAAAAAGAAAAAAAAAUCAUGCCAGCUAAUCAUGUCAAGUUCACUGCCUGUCAGAUUGUUGAUAUAUACCUUCUGUAAAUAACUUUUUUUUUGAGAAGGAAAUAAAAUCAGCUGGAACUGAACCC